UCCUCUUUCCACCGGUGCUGAAUAGCGUCGUGUGGACUGACGGUUGCGGAUUCGGUGCGUCGCAGGCGUAUGCAUCACGGGAUGUAACGGAUACCCUGUUGAAGUAGCAUUUACAAACGUACCUUAUUACGAGGGUAGUCAAGGAACAGGUGGAAACCUCGGUACUGUAUAGCACCGAGCGGGGGCAGUUUGGCUGGAGGGGGAUCUCUGGCAGCCCGAUUGACACGGCAAGCAGAAAUGGCGGAGCACCACGCAGUCAGCGACAGCAAGCACAAAGCGUCCGCUAAUGCCGGCAGCUCGGUGCACGGAAACAGCCGACCAGCCGCCGCCGGUGCAGCGGGCGGAAAAGGAGGCCUGUCCGGUGGACUGACACAGCCAGCGGGGUGGCAGUCGUUACUGUCGUUUAGCAUUCUCUUUCUGGCCUGCCUGGCUGGAUUCAGCUCCAGACUGUUCGCCGUCAUUCGCUUUGAGAGCAUCAUCCACGAGUUCGACCCCUGGUUCAACUACAGAUCAACGCAUCAUCUCACAACCAAUGGUUUCUAUGAGUUUCUCAACUGGUUUGAUGAAAGAGCAUGGUACCCUUUGGGAAGGAUUGUUGGUGGCACGGUAUACCCGGGUUUAAUGGUGACAGCUGGGCUUAUCCACUAUGUGCUCAACUUGCUUCACAUCACGGUGCACAUCCGAGACGUGUGCGUCUUUCUGGCGCCGGUAUUCAGCGGCCUCACUGCCAUCUCCACGUUUCUGCUGACGCGGGAGCUGUGGAACCAGGGUGCAGGGCUGCUGGCAGCCUGCUUCAUUGCCAUUGUCCCUGGCUAUAUCUCUCGCUCUGUCGCUGGCUCAUUUGACAAUGAGGGCAUUGCCAUCUUUGCCCUGCAGUUCACCUACUACCUCUGGGUGAAAUCUGUGAAGACAGGCUCAGUAUUUUGGACUAUCGGCUGUUGUCUCUGCUAUUUUUACAUGGUAUCGGCAUGGGGAGGGUACGUGUUUAUCAUCAACCUGAUUCCCCUCCAUGUGUUUGUGCUACUGCUAAUGCAGCGUUACAGCAGAAGAGUCUACAUCGCUUACAGCACGUUCUACAUUGUGGGUCUUAUACUAUCAAUGCAGAUCCCUUUUGUUGGCUUCCAGCCAAUCAGAACUAGCGAGCAUAUGGCUGCUGCUGGUGUGUUUGCGCUACUCCAAGCUUAUGCCUUCCUGCAAUACCUGAGAGACAGGUUGACAAAACAGGAGUUCCAGACACUCUUCUUCCUUGGUGUCUCUCUUGCCGCGGGUGUGGUCUUCCUCACAGUGAUAUAUCUGACAUACACAGGAUACAUUGCUCCAUGGAGCGGCCGUUUCUACUCUCUCUGGGACACUGGCUAUGCCAAGAUCCACAUCCCCAUCAUAGCAUCCGUGUCAGAGCACCAGCCCACGACAUGGGUCUCCUUCUUCUUCGACCUUCACAUACUGGUGUGCACAUUCCCAGCAGGCCUCUGGUUCUGCAUCAAGAACAUCAAUGACGAACGAGUGUUUGUGGCCCUGUACGCCAUCAGUGCUGUGUAUUUUGCUGGUGUGAUGGUGCGACUCAUGCUGACACUGACUCCGGUGGUGUGCAUGCUGUCAGCCGUGGCUUUCUCCAGUGUCUUUGAGCAUUACAUGGGAGAUGACACAAAGAGAGAGAAACCCCCUGCUGAAGACAGCAGCGACGAGGACGACAAGAGGAAUUCUGGGAAUCUCUAUGAUAAGGCUGGCAAAGUGCGCAAACAUGUAUCCGAACAGGAGAAAGCUGAGGAAGGUUUGGGUCCAAACGUGAAGUCCAUAGUCACCAUGCUCAUGUUGAUGCUCCUGAUGAUGUUUGCUGUCCACUGCACCUGGGUCACCAGCAACGCCUACUCCAGCCCCAGUGUGGUGCUCGCUUCAUACAACCAUGACGGGUCCCGAAACAUCCUGGAUGACUUCAGGGAGGCCUACUACUGGCUAAGACAGAACACAGACGAGCAUGCACGUGUCAUGUCAUGGUGGGACUACGGUUAUCAAAUUGCAGGGAUGGCUAACAGGACCACUCUCGUUGAUAAUAAUACGUGGAACAACAGUCAUAUAGCGCUGGUGGGGAAAGCCAUGUCUUCCAAUGAAAGUGCAGCCUACAAAAUCAUGAGGUCCCUAGAUGUCGACUAUGUGCUGAUUAUUUUUGGCGGCGUGAUAGGCUACUCGGGAGAUGAUAUCAACAAGUUCCUGUGGAUGGUGAGGAUAGCUGAAGGGGAGCACCCCAAGGACAUCAGGGAGAGUGACUACUUCACCCCACAGGGAGAGUUCAGAGUGGACAAGGAUGGUUCGCCGACUCUGCUCAACUGCCUCAUGUACAAGAUGUCCUACUACCGAUUUGGUGAAAUGCAGUUGGACUUCCGAACGCCCCCCGGCUUUGACCGUACACGCAAUGCGGAGAUUGGCAACAAGGAUAUUAAAUUCAAGCACCUGGAGGAGGCCUUUACCUCGGAGCACUGGCUGGUGAGGAUCUACAAGGUCAAGAACCUGGGCAACAGAGAGUCACUGGACCGCAAGCUUCGCAGCAUCGUUCCCAAACAGAAGUACACCUCCAAAAAGACGGCCAAGAGGAAGCGAGGCUUCAUCAAGAACAAACUGGUCCUGAAAAAAGGCAAGAAGCUCCAAAAAAAGUAACGCUGACGAACUGUCCGAGGAAAAACAAAUGAAAUGCGAAGAAACCUCUUGACAAACAAUGAAGAAGAACACCAGGGUGGAUCAUGUGGCACUUGAGCUCAAGCGUUUCUCAUUGGAGCGCCCCCGUGUGGCGAGGAAGGUGAAGUGUCAAAUCCUGGCUUGUUCCAGAAUCCUUGUCCAUUUUAUCUUGAGGGGACAUUUUGUCUUGCUUAUUUUCUCCGUUUUUUUUUUUGUUUUUGUUUUUUUUUUUUGACUUUGUACUUGAAUGUGUGGCGAGGCAUCGGGCUGCUCUCUCGGUUUUCGUUUUUGUCGAUUAAACAUUUUUUUUGGUGGUACACGAAUGACGUGCUUAUCAGUGUGGGGAACAAAAGGGGCGGGGGCGGGGGUGGGGUCGUAGGAAUCAUUGCACCAAAGAGCCACUGACUUGACCUUGCUCCAUGGCACAUGUGAACUCAUGAACAAGUGCAGAAGCGCUCAGGACUCAUUCCUGACACGUGUACACGUAAACGAGCGUAUGCGGUAUGGAGGAACGUCAGCGUCUCGGCAUGAAGCCCCCCUCUUGGAAUUAACUUCAGAAAUCGCUCACUGUAUUUUCUUUUCAACUCUUUCAGAAACCAAUUGGCCUAAUAUGUCACUUUUCUGUAAAGCUCAUGUCAAAUAUAAUAUAUUGCAUUCUUGUGCUGAUUUAAAUAUGCAGUUCUGUCCUCUAAAUUCAUUUGUGCUUGUUUUGUUUUGGCUGUUUUUCUAUGACAGCAACUAGAACAGUGAAUGCAAUAAUUCUUGUACAGAGAGGGCCUUGAGAUUUUUCUUCACAGAUGGAAUGAAUGUGAAGUUUUCCCCAAUGCUGUCCAUCCCCGUCCGCAUCGAUUCUUGCUUAGAUUGUACGUGUUUGCUGCCGGGGCUCCAGAGGCAAGCAACAAUGUGUUCAGAAAAAACCAACAGUAGUGAUAUUCAGUUAGGCCUCCCUUCCUGCAGAGGGAGCUCUCUAGUUUGCGUGAGCAAGCCUAGUGCCUCUUAGCCGGUCAUCACCGCCUCUCAUGUUUGCCGUCUUCCUCGAUAGCUCGUCAUUUAGCUCGCAACAGGCGGGGGGACGGAGGCCUCGCUGACUGGAAAUGGUCCGACAACGUGUAACGGGGUUGGCUGGGCAGGCACUGACACGGAAAAUGACGUCCAUCAUCCUGUCUUUAGCUUGGUUCUUAACAGGGCGGGAGUAACACACCUCCGUCCUACCUGUUGUGUACGGCUCGCAAGUAGCAUGCAAAGCAGCGUUGGCGCCACACUGAAAAGGAAAAGUAAAGAAUAGCAUUGGAAGCACACGAAAAAAGUACACCAUUGCUUGUUGAAGUACACGAAGGGAAUUACAAAGCAAGGUUGGAAUCGUUUUACGAGAAAAAUUGUCCUUUCGCAAAGUAAUGUAGUACAAAAAAGAAUUCCUUUAAUUUUUACAAUAUGCUGAGGACCAAUACAAAAUUGGCUGCGCACUGAAAAUGGCCCCCGGGCCACACUUUGGUCGCCCCCGGCUGCUGAAGGCGUGUACAUAAUGUCAUGUUGAGUUCAAGUUCAUAUGACUUAGGUUUUUUAAAGCUUAAGCCGAAAUAUUCCGAGAAUGUUGCGGUGUUGCAAGAAUCCUAACUAAUAAAGUUGGAAUUGUCUGAUAAGCGGUACGCAAAGGAAUCGGUUUAUGAGCAAAAAUAGAGUUUUAGGAGGAAAAAAAAUAACAUUAAGAAAAUUCAGUACAAAUAUUUUUCGACUAUCCCAAAGGCCAAUAAAAAAAGGUACACACCACACUUUGCACGCACCUGGCUAAAGGUGUGUGCAAACGUUUAUGGCGAGGGUUUUGUUGUGGGAAUUGACUUAUUUUACAUGCAAAAAUAAUCAUUUUAGUAUUCUGAGAAAUAUGUUGGAAUAUUACAAGAAUGAAGCAGUGGUUUUAUGGCGGGUCGUCGUCUCAUAUCAUAAGUUAAAAUGGGAAAAAUUCAAAUAUUAGGAGAAUCAGGUAAAAAUACGUGUAGACGAUGCCGAGGGCCAAUAAAAAAAAUUCUACGUGCCAAAUAGUCCCCGGGAAACACCUUUGGACACCUGUUUGGGGGUUUUUUUGUUUUUUUUUGCAAGUAGCGACUCAUUUUGAGAGGAAAAAGAUGAAAUAGUCCAAGAAUUAUGUUAGAAGCGGUAGUUUUACGUUAGGUUGUCGUUUCAUAUAAUAAAGUCGGAAUUGUCUGAUUAGUAGAACACAAAUGAACAACGUAGUGUAUCCCAAAAAAAUGUGUUAAUGAGAAAAAAUAUAUACAUUUUUUUGAGGGAAAAAUUCAAAUGGUAGGAGAAUAAAUUCAGUAUUUUUAGAAUAUGCCGAUGGCUAAUAAACAAGAUACAUGCUGAAAAUGGCCUUUUCUUGUGUCCAAACUUGUAGUUUGAUCAUUAAAAUUCAAAAGAAAUAGAAACUUGGAGUCUUUAAACAAGAGAAAUGUGAACAUAAAGUGUAUAAUGAGGGGUUUUACAGCCUUAAAACAUCAUCUUUGGAAAAAAAAUAUAGUUGGCUACUUUGCGGAUUUAUUGUGGGAUAUUUUGGGAACAUUUUUCUGUCCUAAAAUAAGACUUAACGUCCGUAUGGCCUUGUCAUGUGACAUUUGUCGUCAAUACUGCUUCCUCCUUGGAUCAUAUUUGAUUGUCAUGAUGUUGCUGUUUGUUUCAGUGUGGCACUAACACGGCACUGCUUUGUGGCACAAGGAAGCGCUAAGUUCAAACGUCAUUCAUGCAAGUAUCACAUUCAUGUCUUAAAUCAUGUUUCUUUUUUUUUUAAAUAGUACGUUUU